UACUUAGUAAGUAUAAAUAAAGUCGAAAAGCUCACGGAAACCGACUAGGUGAAGCCCUGGCCAGUAACUAAAAUAAAAACAUUUAACUGUAUAGUUAAAUUUUCCAGUAAGAAAAUAUUUUAAUUUGUUGUGAAAUAUCCAUAACAUAUUUUGGUAACCUUAAAUAAAGCCUUUCCUAAACAAUGAAAUGACCCUGGACAUUUUGCAGACCUUGCCAUUACGGCAACGAGAAUUAAAACGAGGCUGGAGUCAAAACAACUUUCUAAAGAUGGUAGCCGAAAAAUAUAGAUUAAAGGUCAAUUUUAAAGUGUAAAGAAAGGAACACAAACCCUAUUUAUUUUCCCCUAUUGGUUGUGCGAGGAAAUGCACUUUCAAGAGUUGCUACAUUCAGAUAAUUUUUUGUGCACUUAACCUCACUGUACCAUAAAAGAUAUGAGGAGAAUAAUUGCAGAAGACCCAGAAUGGAACUUAGCUACCGUGCCCCACCUUACAGAGUUAUGUUUAAAGCACAUUGUCCAUAAUUUUAAAGAUAAUCCAAUACUGUUGGAGUUGUUACCUCGACACAAGUCAAAAGUAUUGACAAAUUUAGACGUAAACAUUCCCUUGUUAGUGACUGCAAAUUUAAUAGAUGACGAGGGGUACUGGCAACGCUGUUGUAAAUCUAGAUGGCAAAUUUGUGAUGUGUUGCACUGUGGUAACUCUUGGAAAAGAAUGUUCUUUGAAAAGAAUUUAGUGGAAAUCAUUGAAAGGUUUGUACCUGGAACAACUGACCAAAAUAUUCUUUUAGAAACGUUAAAAUUAUCAAAAGAUUAUGUUGUAUGUUUAAAUAUUGACCAGUUGCUUCCUCCUGUGAAAGAACCGCCUCCAAACGUUGAUGAUGAAUUCUCUGACAGCGACAGUGAUGCAGGAGAAGGUCCACUGUAUGACCAUCUUGAUUUCAACAUUGUUUUGGAAAGGCUACCAAAACUUGAACAACUUCAUCUUACUUACGGGGUAAAAGAUUGCGGAAUGAACUUUGAAUGGAAUUUGUUCGAGUUCACAAAUAAGGAUUGCUCUUUGUUAGCCAAAGCACUGAAAUCAUGCUCAACACUAAAAUUGUUUCAUUUACAUAAAAGUAAAGUAGAUGAUGAAAAAGCGAGAGUGAUCAUUAGUCAUCUCUUGGAUCACCCAUCGUUAGAGAUUUUAGAUUUAUCAUACAACAAACUUUCUGAUAGCAGCGCAAGAGCUAUCGGAAAACUUCUAAAUGGCCGCAGUAAGUUGGUUACCCUUGAUUUGACAGACAACCAUAUCUCAUCGCAAGGUGCAGCUGCUAUAGGACACGCCCUUGGGAAAAACACAACCCUUAAAAAGUUAAACUUAAGACACAACAGACUAAAAGAUGAAGGGUGUCAGUCGUUAUGUCGAUCUUUGUUAAAGAACACAACUCUGACUGAACUCAACAUUGGUAGUAAUAAUUUUGGAAUCGCGUCUUCUGCUUUGCUCGGACAGGUGCUGUUAUACAACAAGAAGCUUUCUUCAAUAAAUUUGUCUUGCAACACUUUAAAUGAGGAAGGUGGUAAAACAAUUCAAGAAGUUAUGGAAGAUAAUACUAGUUUAACCUACAUGGACUUAAGAUUGACCGACAUUGGACAAGAAUGUGAGUACUGUAUAAACCAACUGCUGAAGAGGAAUCGUGAAACCAAGCGGAAAGAAGAAGCACAACUGAGAAUGAAAUAAUGUUAUGUUAUAACUGUCUGUUAUUAUUGUAUUUUUGUAAUAUAUUUGCGAUUUUAAUA